UGUUGCAGCUGGCAAUGCAGUCUUAAAUCUAAAGUAGGUGAAGAAGUGACCGCGUGGUAAACAUUGCUGUAAAUACAACGUUUGUUGUAUGUUGUUUUUACAGAGUGUGGUGGCGUAAAUACUGAUAAAAGUCAGUCUCGUUUCAAUAUGGACGCAGAAAAGAUCAGGAAGAAGAAGAAAAUGAAAAGAGAAACUUUAGGCCAGCAAGAAUUGGUUGAAAGUUUAGAAGAAGUAGAAGUUUUGCCGGAUGAGUCUGAAAUGCAACACGAAAUGCUAAAAACUAAAAAGAAGAAAAAGAAGAACAAGGAACUAGACACACAUACAGAGAAAAAGAAGAAAAAGAAAAAAUUAAAAGAAAAUGUGUUCGAUGUAAGCACUGAGGAGACUUCACUGAUGGAUGAUACAGUAAAUGACACAGACUCAUCCACAGCACUCUUCAAAGAUAAGAAGAAGAAGAAAAAGAAAAAGAAAGCAGAGAUGACACCAUCAGAUAUGACAGAAGACCAUCAUGAAGAAGAGCAGUAUGAUUUCCCCACCAAACAGGAGAAUGUGCCAUGUGAAGAAGACUUUGGCGAUCCUGACAUACAGAUUGGUACUCGAAAGCGCAAAAGAAAGGGAGAAACUAAUGGAGAUAUAAUAUCAGAAGUUGAUGAGAAACUUUUGACUGAGAUUAAAGAAUUUAUACCCCACAUCGAAACCAGCUAUCCACUUACUAUGCAUAAAAUGAUAAUGUACGACUUACCAAGGUUCAAGGAGUUUAAAAAGCAAGGUAUUGCCCUGAGACACGGACGAUUCUCGGCUGAAGAUAACGAGAGGCUACAACAGAACGUUAAGGAUUUUCUUGCUCUCACAGGAGUGGAGAAUCCCACCAAGCUCUUUUACACUCGACGGUUUCCAGAAGAGGCACAGGAAUUAACAAAGAUAAAAAAGAACCAUAGGUUCUUUGAAAGGAUUGCGGAAGGGAUUCCCAGGUCCUGCUAUGACGUUUAUUUUCGUGGAAGAAGAGCUUUUGAUUGUGGAAAUUACAAAGGAAGGUUUACCAAAGAAGAAGUUAAAGAAUUGCUCAAAUAUCAGACAAUACAUGGAAAUAAUUGGCAGAAGAUUUCUGAACUGACCGGUCGGAGUUCUUACGCCCUUGAGAAACGGUUUUCCCAAAUGGGUAAAAAGCACGGACAAUGGUCAGAAAAGGAGGUACAGAGACUUUUGAGAGCUGUACGAGAUCAUCUUGUAACCACACAAAAGUCUGAGUCCCCUGGUAAGAGACCGCCAACCAGAGUCAGUCGAGAAUUGCUCUACAGGAAACUUCCCUGGUUUAAAAUAGCUGACAAGGUUAAAACUCGAUGCUGGAGCAAGUGCAGGGAUAAAUGGAUGUCCAUCCUCGCUGUUCGGAUGUCUUCUGGGACUGUGUACACUGGGAGGAAAUCCCAGGAAACCAAAAUCAGACUCAUUAAAGCAAUGUACGAAAGGCAAGUAGAAGAUGUUGCUGAUGUCAACUGGGAAGAACUCACGACUGUUUUUGGGGAUGUUCCUCCAGCGCAUGUCCAGUUGAAGUGGCACCAGCUCAAAGUUUCCUAUGUACCAAAUUGGCAGAACAAGUGUUUUGCAGACAUUAUCGACUUUCUGUACGAGAAGAUCUUGCCGGGUCUGGAGAAAGACUGUGAGGAUCCUGAUGAGAAUGAGCUAAAAGUUGACCAGCAGCAGAGUUUCCUUCUCUCUGACAUCUUUCACGACAUUAAGGACAACGAUGAUGAUUAUGAGGAUGAUGAUGACGACAACAAUGGAGAGGAGGAAAGUGGACAAAGAUAGAUAGAGGGUCACCUAGACAUUGACAGCAAAACUCACACGAUAUAUUCCUUGACUGUAUAAAAAAGAUGCUCAGUGUGUAUAGAAUGUACAAUUUUUAGUUUAAUGCAUUUUUUAACAUUUUAAUAAACAGAUUUAAUGAAUGUAACAGUCUAAUGAGCAAGUACAUAAGGUUGUGUAAAUAAAUGACAUUGUGUUGACACCA